UUUUUUUUUUCAUCACAAGCCAAAUAGACAGGCAGACGCUCACCUUUCUCUCUCUCUCUAUCUCACUCUCUCUCCCUGUUUCUUUCCCUGUUUCUUCACUUCUCUAACUUUGUUGCUUGUUUAGUUCUUUUGGGUUUCUUUUUUUAGCUUGGUUGAAGCCAAAAGCUUCAAUCUUUCUAGGUUUUUGUUAGAAUAUUAAGCUUUGACUUCAUUGCUUUGAAGGGUCAGGUUGCGUUUUUUGUUUGUGUCAGAGAAUAAGUGAAAGUGGAGAGAUAUAUUUUUUGGUGUUAUUAUGUUAGUUUAUGAGUUUGAGGAAGAUAUCAUCAAGAAGGGUACUGUAAGAGUUUCUUUAAGAAGGGUAUUUUGAGUGGUUUUUUCAGCUAUGGCUAUUCAGGAUCAGUGUGGAGGGACUCGAUCAAAUCUGGUUCUCCCAGCAGGCAAUGGAAUUUUACCGAGUGCUACACUACAGAAGGCAACUGACCACCAACUAAAGGAGCAGUUCUCUUGUGGGAGUGAUUACUCUCCCAAGGCGAGGAAACCUUACACAAUUACGAAACAAAGAGAGAGAUGGACAGAGGAAGAGCAUAAGAAGUUCCUUGAUGCUCUAAAGCUUUACGGCCGUGCUUGGAGACGGAUUGAAGAGCAUUUAGGCACAAAGACUGCAGUUCAGAUUCGAAGCCAUGCUCAGAAAUUCUUCUCUAAGGUUGCGCGUGAAUCUGGUGGCAGCAACACUAGCUCAGAGGAACCAAUUGAAAUUCCUCCUCCCAGACCAAAAAGAAAACCUAUGCAUCCUUACCCUCGCAAAUUGGCACAUCCGCUGGAAAGAGAUCUUCUAAUUCUUGAGAAUCCGCUAAGGUCUUCAUCUCCAAAUUUUUCCAUUUCAGAACAAGAAAACCAAUCUCCUACAUCGGUAUUGUCUGCGGUUGGUUCAGAUGCCCUUGGUUCCACUGACUCAGACAUGCCAAGCCAUAGCUUAUCACCAGUUUCAUCUGCUGGUGGUGUGCGUCAUGUUGAUUCGUCACCUGAAGACAAUGGAUCUCCAUCACCACCAACUGCUAGCUCAGCUCCUGACGAGCAAUUUCCCAAGGUCCAGAAACUUGACUCAUUUCCCAAAGAAAAUGUCUCUUCUGAAGAACCCAUUACUCUCAAGCUCUUUGGAAGGACACUAUUAGUCACAGAAUGCCAUAAACCAUCUUAUCCAAACAUGGGGACUUCUAAAUUGUCGCUGCCAGAUGCCACUGAAGAGAAACUUGUGCAACCAUUAACACUGAACAUCACAGCUGCAAAAUUGCAGUCCAGGAAUGAGGAAUCCACUUGGAGCCCGCUGCCUCAUGGAUCUCAUGGAGCAUUAUAUCAAAUACAAUUUAAAAAGGAAAACUCAAGUCCCACAGAAAACGACUCUGCUGCUCUAAUGCCUUGGUGGGGUUCUUAUGAAGGCAUGCCAUUUCCUUUCAUACCAUUUCACAAGCAUGAGCCUGCGGUGGAAAAUUUAGAUUCAAAUGGAGAUGAAGUCCAAGAUAAAGAGAUUCACAAGGAAGUAUCUUGGACUGGUUCCAACUCCGGAUCAGUGAAUGAAGGGGAAAAUGUUGAUAAAAUUAUGGAUGCUGAGACUGAAAGUCACCAAUUUUCUUACGAGGAAAAAGAGCCAUCUCCAUUUUUGGAGCUUAAGCCAAAGAAGAAAUCAGCCUCAUCUGGAUCAAAAGCAUUCAAUGAAAAGUGCACGAAAGGGUUUGUGCCUUAUAAGAAACGGACUGCAGAAAGAGACAGUCAAUCCUCAACAAUAACCGGCGAAGAGAGGGAAGAGCAAAGAAUCCGCCUUUGCCUGUAGUUAGCCUCAUCGAACAGCCUUAGUUUCCCUUAACUAGAACAUAUAACUUUUUUGAGCAAGUUGAGGAUCAUGGACUCUGAGAACAUCAGUUGCUGGAUGAACUCGAAUCAGAGGGGGAAUGGUGCUUAAGCAGUUGCCAUCUGCAGCUCUCUAGAUUCUCAUCUUGUUACUUGGUUUUUCCACCUUCAACUGUUUAUAUCUUUAUUUCCUCCUUUUCUUGUACGCAUCAUGUUCUGUCUGUCUUAUUUAUUUUCCUUUUUGAUCCUCUGGAUUACCUUUCUGGUCUCAUAUAUUCUUUUUCUUCUUUGAACUGUGAAUCCCUUAGCCACCUAGCUUUGUUUUGGCCUCUGUACAAAAUCAUAAAGCAGUACUUACUGUAUUUACCUUCAAGCAUUAAGGCAGGUGGUCUCUAUGAAUCUGUCUUUCCAUA